AAUUAUCCAAUCAGAGAACAGCUUUCAUGUACGUUUCGUUAGUUUUUUUCUUUCCUUUCAAGGUGCGCCAUUUUACGUAAAGUAAGCGUGCACACUAGCCGAUAAAAUGUCAGAAGAUCAGAGCAGGCAACAAAAGGUGGAUGAUGUGAAAUCUGAAUCCAACCAACACAUCAAUCUAAAAGUGACUGGCCAAGAUGGAAGUGUAGUGCACUUCAAAAUUAAAAGGAGCACACCACUCAGGAAGUUAAUGUCUGCUUACUGUGAAAGAUCGGGAAUAUCACUUUCUGCAGUUCGGUUCCGGUUUGAUGGCAGCCCAAUCAAUGAAGAUGAUACGCCAGGCGUUCUGGAAAUGGAAAAUGACGACUCAAUCGACGUGUUUCAACAACAGACGGGUGGGAGUUUCUGAAUGUUUAAACUGUGCUGGUCAUGUGAAUACGUUACUGUUGACAAGGACUCCAUGAAGGUCAGCCUGACAGACAUGAGACACAGUCCUAGUACAAUAACUCGUGGUCAGGUGUCUCCUACUCAUCUCCCAUCAGCUCGAUCGAUCAUUCAUUCUACAUACUUCGGACCAUUUUGAUGUUUGUUUUGUACAUAGUGUAGAUAUUGAACCCCCAGGCUAUUAAAUUUUAUGUUGUAUGUCAUAGUACAGGCUUUUUUUUUUUCAAAUGGCUAUGGUUCCAUAUGUACAUUAUAAGAUAUCGCAUUGUGCUUUUGUAGUUGUGCUUCAGUCAUUAGUAUUUGUGACACUUAAAAGUAUCCCUCAUUAAAAAGAAAUUUAAAGAAAAUGCAUCCUUCUUGGGACCUCAUAUUUGUGCACAGUGCUGUAUGUAAUUCAUUUUCAUUUGUUUUUAAACAACCCAUUUUGCAAUUUUGAUACUACAGAAACAGGUGUGCUAAAAUACUUUAGUACUUAUGGUGUGCUAAAAUACUUUAGUACUUAUGACUAAAGGAUUUAAAAAGCUGAACAAAAUUGGUUUCUGGUAGAUUUUAUUAUAGUACAGGUGGUAUUAUUCACCAACAUAAAAUUAUUUGGUGUUUUGUUUGCCAAACAAAAUUAAAUCGAACCAAUUAAUAUUUGCUAAUAUUUAUCGUCUAUUAAAAAUAAUUAAAAGGAUAUUCAUUCAUGUUUGUUGUCUGCAUGAUGUAAAGUGUUACUCUGGGCUCACACGGCAAAUGAUCUUGCUUAACGUAAUUGCAGAAAGCAGUUUCUUGGGGAAAUAAUUGAAAAGUAGGUUACUGUUUUUAAAUUUAGCCAGUCGGCAUAAGAUUUGUCAAUAUUUCAAGCAAAGAUACCCCUGCACUGAUGGGUGAUGCCAGAUUAUUUUUAGUUACUUUUAGAUGGGGAUAAUUAAACUUGACAACUUUGUUUUAUUCUUGUUUCAUGUUGUGUUUGUCUCUUGAUGUCUGGAAAAUGUUCAUAUCCAUUGAUUUUAUAAAAAAAAGAAUUACCAGUAAAUUAUACUCUUCAAAAUAAAAGCAUUAAUUACAGUUCUUUACUUUUACUCCCAUUUCCAAAAUCCAUUCUCAACAUCUUUUAAUUGUCAAAAACUCCUGUUCCGAAAUAUGAUCCUUUAAAUAUUGAUGAUAUGAAAGUUUUUGUAAGUAGCUUGUCUUCUGAAAGUUAAUUUUUUUUGAAUGCAACCAGUGCAUGGUUGAAAUAAAAUUAUCUGAAUAA